AUGGCAAAUCUCAGUCAACCUCCUCCACUCGACUUCAAGGGAAAUAUGUCCGAGAACUGGAGAAGAUUUAAACAGAAAUUCACUCUAUACAAUGUUGCCUCAGGAAUGUCUGAAAAAGAUGAAAAGUUACAAACAUCAAUGCUUCUACACGUGAUUGGCGAUGCUGCCUUGGAAUUGUAUAAUACGUUUGUAUUUGCUGAGGGUGAGAGCAUGAAGCUUGAGAAAGUGUUGAACAAAUAUGAGGAAUAUUGCAUGCCGAAACGUAAUCUAACGUAUGAGAGACAUAGAUUUUUCACAAGAUCUCAGUUAGUGCAUGAGAGUGUUGAUCAGUACGCAACAGAAUUGCGGAGUCGUGCUCAGUCAUGUGAGUUUUCCAUGUUGAAAGAGAGUCUUAUCCAGGACAGAAUUAUCUGUGGUAUUUUAGACGAUGGUCUAAGAGAACGUUUGUUGAGGCAAGAUGAUCUUACAUUGGUUAAAACGUUGCAAGUAUGUCGUGCGGCUGAACAAACUCGAACGCAGGCACAAGCGUUGAGUUCCGCAGGGGAAAACGCUUCAAUUCCGGUAGAUUCUUUCAGCAAGACUAAGAAGAAAUUUCCUGGUUCAAAGUCAAAAUGGUCAGAACCUCAAGGUCGUACUAAACGUGAUGCAUGUAGCAGGUGCGGAAACCGACAUAGCAAAGACAAAUGUCCCGCACAAGGUCAAACAUGCAAGAAGUGCGGUAAGCAGAAUCAUUUUGCUAAAUGUUGUAAAACCCCAGUAGCCAAGGUCAAUGAACUGCAGCACUUGGAGGUAAAUUCAGAAGGUUUCAUGAUUUGCUCUGUUGAAUCAAAAGAAUCCAAGGAUGAAUGGAUAGUUAAUCUACUAGUCAAUAACCAGCCGGUUGACUUCAAGGUUGAUACUGGUGCUCAGGCGAAUCUUCUUCCUGAGACAGUAUUUCACAAGUUGAAACCAAAACCAAAGCUACAGAAAGCCAAAGUGUUGUUGACAGGUUAUUAUGAGACAGAUAUCCCGGUCAAAGGUCGUUGUUGUGUACAAGUUGAGUACAAAGGGAUCAAACGCAAUGUGCCGUGUCUAGUCAUUCCUGGAAAUCGUCAGCCUUUGUUAGGAUUACGGACGAGUGAAGACUUGUAUCUGGUGAAACGGGUGUAUCAUGUUGAGAAACAAACUGAACACGGAACGGGUAAAAGUGUAGUUCAAGACUAUCAAGAUGUGUUUGUAGGUCUAGGUUGUCUUCCUGGUAAACACCACAUCACAUUGAGAGAGGAUGCACAUCCUGUUCAGCAUGCAUGUCGCAAAGUUCCAUUUCCACUUAAAGAUAAACUCAAAGACGAGUUAGAUAAGAUGGAACGAAUGGACGUAAUCACACGAGUUGAUGAGCCAACUGAUUGGGUUUCUUCUCUCGUGGUGGUGAUGAAAAAGAACGGUCAGCUCAGGGUCUGUCUAGAUCCAAGAGACCUGAACCGAGCAAUCAAAAGAGAACACUAUCAAUUGCCAUCAAGAGCUGAAAUAACUGCACAUUUUGCAGGAGCCAAAUACUUCAGCAAGUUAGAUGCAUCUAGUGGUUUUUGGCAGAUCCAACUAGAUGACGAAAGCUCCAAACUUUGUACGUUUAUCACGCCAUACGGAAGGUACAAGUUCUUGAGACUACCUUUUGGUAUUUGUAGUGCUCCGGAAGUCUAUCACAAGAUAGUGCACCAACUGUUUGCACAUAUUCCGGGAGUUAACACAAUGAUGGAUGAUGUGAUUGUAUGGGGAACUACCCAACAGGAGCAUGAUGACAGAUUGAGAGAGGUUCUCAGCAUUGUGCGAAAAAUGAAUCUCAAGUUGAACAAAGACAAAUGCGAGUUCAAUGUCAAGAAGCUCACAUUCAUUGGUGACUUGAUCAGUGAUCAAGGAGUUCAACCUGAUCCAAAGAAAGUGUCUGCUAUCUUGAACAUUGAGAGACCGAAAUGUCGGAAAGAUGUCCAACGGUUCUUGGGUAUGAUCAAUUACCAAGGGAAGUUCAUUCCAGAUCUGUCGACCAAGUCAGCAGCGCUGAGACAUCUACUAGACAAAAAGAAUGUAUGGACAUGGGAUCAUGCACAAGAGGAUGCAUGGAAUCAGCUGAAACAAGCUCUGAUACAAGAGCCAGUCCUACAUUUCUAUGACAGCAAGAAACCAACCAAGCUGUCAGCAGACGCAUCAAAGGAUGGUAUUGGUGCAGUGCUACUACAGCAAUAUGAUCAAGAUUGGGUUCCGAUCGCAUAUGCAUCUAGAUCAAUGACUGAUGCAGAGACUAGAUAUGCACAGAUCGAGAAAGAAUUGCUGGCAAUCACAUACGCAUGUGAAAGAUUCCAUCAAUACAUCUAUGGACAACAAGUAGAAGUGGAGACUGAUCACAAGCCACUUAUUCCACUGUUUGUAAAGUCACUGGGUGACUGUCCCCUACGCAUUCAAAGGUUACUCAUCAGGGUACAGAGAUAUGAUCUCAAGGUCUUGUACACGCCUGGAAAGUACAUGUAUACUGCUGAUACAUUGUCCAGAGCAGUAGAUCCAAAGGCUGAGUUGAAUGCUGAAACUGAGGAAGAUAUCAGAGUCUACGUAGAUGCUAUUGUCAAGAGCAUGCCAGUUACAUCGAACAAACGAAAUCAGAUUGUCGAAGAGACAAAGAAAGAUGAUCAACUGCAAGAGCUGCUAGGCAUCAUCAGAGAUGGUUGGCCGGAAACGAAGCAGCAAUGUCCAGUUCGAGUCAGGGAAUACUGGAACAUCAGGAGUGAACUCUCUGAAGCAGAUGGCAUCAUCUUCAAAGGCAGCAAAAUAGUGGUUCCCACUACGAUGAGAAGGUUCAUGCUAAACAAAAUCCAUGAAGGACACUUAGGCAUCGAGAAGUGUAAGAAACGUGCUAGAGAAGUCAUCUAUUGGCCCAGAAUCAACACAGACAUCACUGAAAUGGUCCUAAGUUGUACUUCAUGCCUAAUGUCCAGACCAAAACAGGUCAAUACUCGAUCAGUGAGGGGAAGAAAGGAGGAUCAUAAGGUGAAGCAAAAAGAGCGAUUCGACAAACAUGCUCGAGACUUGUCAAAGCUAAAGCCUGGAGAUCAUGUCAUACUCCAAGACAUGAAAACCAACACCUGGUCGAAACGUGGUAUUGUCAGGUCUGUCCAGGAUCGAAACAGAUCAUACCAGAUCGAGACAGAAACAGGAGAGAUACGUCGCAGAAACAGACGUCACCUCAGGCCAGUCCCACGUCAUACAACAAGCCGAGUCUAUUCCACUACCAACACAGGAUGACUUCGAGCUAGAUGACACUGCAGAAGCUACAGAGCAACCAGCAUCUGAAGAAAGCUCAACUACGUCAUCAACCAGAACCAGAAGCGGACGAGUUAUUAAACCGCCAGAUCGCUUGAACUUGUAAAUAAAUGAAAGCGAACUACAGAGAAAGACUUUCGCGUUUUUUAAAUAGUUUAUAGUUACAGAGUUCAACUUGGACUUUAAAACAUAACUGCAGGAUUGCAUGAGCAUGAUAUAUAUAUUUGCAUGUUAUAGUUUAAAAAUAUAACCGGAUUCAAUUAGUCACUUUGAUUACAGAAAUCAACAGAUAUCACUCAACCUCAACGGAGAAUUCCAGUUUCGCGAAUCGCAACCUUGAAAGAUAUGGACUGUCGCGUAAUAAGUUAUAUAUUUGAAAGCGACAGUACUCCAGCUUUAAGGGACAGAAUAAUGCCCUAGUACAGUCGCGAGUGUACAGGUAGUCCACCCUGUCACUCUGUACAGUUUAAGAAGUUUUAUAUAUGUAUAUGUAAACCUCUUUUAAAGAAGGGAGGUGUAGUGAUAGCUACAUGUAGUUUAACAGAGUCUGCAAAUACAGACUAGCAUGUAUAACUAAAUAUAGAAUGACCUGCAACCCAUGACUCAUGCCAGGUCAUGUUAUGAAACAAUGAGUACUUGUACAGGGGAUGCCUACAAAGAUGUCUGACUGACAUAGAGCCUCAAUAAAGCUAUACAACUUAUUAGUUCAA